GCGCCUCCUUCAUCUCCAAUACGAGUGAUGUCAUUGACAGGCUGGAGGCUGCUGAUGGACAAGACAACCUCGUGGUGGUUGCCAGUCGUAAUGUCGACACGGAGGUCAUCCGAUCACAACGCGUAGAGGCUGCCGUUGCCUCUCGUGGUGUCAAUCAGUUUGCACG